AUGGCAGCGUGGCUUGAUCUUGUCAAUGAAGACGGAGCCUGGACUUUGGUCGAUACCGGUCGUCUGGAGGAGUUGGUGCAGGGAAUGCCAUCUCCGAAACGCCAAUGUCCAUCUUUGGUCUACUUCGCUGGGAACUCGAAUCGUCUGAAGGCUCUGCGAGCGCUGAACCCCCACAAUAAUGUCACACGCAAAGGUCCCGCGGGCUGGAUUCGUCUUCACCUGGGUGGGAGAUCCGGUCAUACUGAAAACCCUGUCCUUUUUGCCGAGAGUGGCCUGCUUCUCGAGAAAAGCCAGGGCGAUUCACGAUGGCGCAAACACCAUUCGACUCAGCGACAUCGGCGAUACGCGAUUCAAGAUGACGAUAGUUCUUGUUCACCGGCAAAAUUACACCAAGAAGUGAAAGUUCAACUCGUUCUGCCAUGGACCCAGAUUCUGUGCCUCUUCAUCGAUUCCAAAUCCGACUUGCAGUCUGCCCGAGACCUGCUGCAGCAGCCACGUCGACAGCUUGCGAUUGGCGGCCAGCCUAUCUCUACAUUCAUGCGAAUAGUCAUCGUCUUGACCAAGCAAGACAAUUCGAAUCAUAUACCAGCGCGUGACUUUGCCGAUUUCGAAGCGUUUGCUGAGACUGGGGAGACCAUCGUCCUGGAUCUGCGUCCACGAUGCGGCCUCUCCGAUACGGUCGCAUUCGGACCUCUUCGUACUGUCAUCAUGGAGCAGCUGUCCGCCAUUCGGGAUCAGCAAGCGUCCCCCGGAGGUCACAUUUCAGCGUCUCAUCUAGGCGCCUUCUGGAAAUCGUUUAUUCAAAGCUACAAGCGAUGUCGAAUCGCACCGCCCUUUGAUCUCCUGACCGAAGCCCGGAGAGGUUAUCCCGACGACGGAGCCAUGGGUCGCUAUCUUCGAGAAGGCGCUCAGAUCGUCAUAUCGGCUGGCUGCGCCGAGGACGAGAUGCAGGUCUUUGUGGCCUCGGCCAUCCUCAUGCAUGCGUACCCCCCUGAAAUGCACGGUUUCUCCCCGCCCAUUGUCUUUGCUGCACUGUAUGAGAAGCAUUGUGCCGAAAUUUCGAGUGAAGGUGCCACUCGCAGUCUCUGCGACGGUAUCGGUUCGCAUUUCAAACGGCUUUUCCUGCAACUGAGCGCCAACAACAUCUCUGCCACGGCUCGAAAGGGUAUCUUGCAGCGUUACUUUCGCCAAUGGGGAGGCCUUUAUUCCACCACGACCUGCAUGGUAUGCUUGUGUCGGCCGCCCGAACACAUGAUGCCGUGCAAACAUGCACUCUGUGACGCCUGUGUCGUAAUCUUUGGCAAGUCAAGUUCCCUCGGUGAGUAUCAUUGGGACCUCACUGAAUGCCCCGUCUGUGAAGAGACUUUCCUCGCCCGUAUACGCCAAUUACCCCCUACGAAGCACCCGGUGGUCCUCAGUUUGGACGGCGGUGGCGUCCGCGGGCUGAUCCAACUGGGCCUGCUGCGGGCGUUGGAGAAGCGCAUUGGCUUGCCGAUCGAGUCUCUGCCCGACUUGUGUCUCGGAACGAGUGUUGGCGCGUUAACGGCCAUUGAUAUUUUUUUGAACCACGCUUCGGUCGAGCAAUGUGCGCGGGCAUUCCCCGACCUAGCGCGAAAAAUAUUCCAUGCUUCACGGGUCCCGGUGCCGCGAUUCGUUCGAUGGUUGGCUUCGGCUUUCAACGUGAUCCCCAGUAGUUUGUAUGACUCACAGAAUUUAGCCCAGACCCUAAAAGAGGCAGUGCCCGCGGACCGUCGUAUUUUUGACGUGACCACUGCCAGUCCUGCCGGAUGUCGGGUGGCCGUCGUUGCGAGUCGCACAUCUGACGGCAAGGCCUGCGUGCUUGCCAAUUACCGAGGCACGGGCCAUCGCCGUGCAGACGCCGCCUACGAAUUUUUGACGCCCAGCCACGACCAAGAGAAUCCAUAUCUGUGCGACAUAGCCGAAUGCAGUGUCGCAGCGCCCUUCUAUUUUCAGCCGAGACGGCUACCAGGCUUCGGCCCUUUCCAAGAUGGUGGAGUACGCGCGAACAACCCGCUCGCCAUUGCGUGGAGGGAAUCGGGCGUCAUCUGGCCGCGCGCGAAACGACAUGAUCUGCUUUUAUCGGUUGGCACGGGAUGUACCGCGCUUGAUUCUGCGCAAUGCCCGCAAUAUUCGACCUGGGACGGCGCGCUCCCUCGCUUGUUUCGCGCCACAAUGUCAUCGCCCUCGAUGGACGGCCCCCAAGGGUUUCUGGAAGCCUUGAAUUACUUACCGCAUUGGUCGAAACCGGAUGUACUUCGACUCGAUCAUGCCAUCCCCGGUCCGCUACCCGAACUAGAUGACACCAGCGCAUUACACCAAUUGUCCGAAAUGGAGUAUCUCAUUCCAGUCGAGCUGGUGAGAACGGUGCUCGCAUCCGCAAUGUUUUUCUUCGAGUUUGACGCCACUCCUGUCCCGGGUCAGGUCGGAUUUCACUGCGAAGGGUCCAUCCUUUGCUCACGCCCGGGGGCUGGCGAAAUCCUCGCGCGCGUCUUAGUUGAGAUCCCUGGUGCGAAAUUUCAGAUUGGUCAGGAUCAUUCCUUGGGUGAUGUAGACCCCAAUGAUCGCUGCACACCUUGCGGAUAUUACAGAAAACGCGUCGCCUUUCACGUUGCCAGUCUUGAAGAGCGCUUUACGAUAAACAUCGCCAAUGGUGCCUGUUGUGAGAAGAUUGGCGGAUUUCCAAAGUGCGCACAGGAGUUUCUUGAAGCGCAGCAGGCCUUUGCUCACUUUGGCCGUGCAGACCAUCAAACGCCACCCUGGCCGCCCGUGAGACACUGCUACUGUGCUUGUGAGGCAAAGAGGACCAUUCGUUUCGUAGAGCCGACGGCACGACAGAAGCGAAGGCGGCUGUGA